CUUUCCUCUCCGUCUCAGGGAGAAUCCACAGCGUCGCAGGAUGAUGACGUCCUCAGCUGGUGACGUGUCAGUUUGUUUACAGCCGUCCCUCUCUGCGCUGCAGCUGCCCAGACAUGGCUGUGGAUAUAACUUCACUUUUCAAAGCUAGCGUCAAGACAGUCAAAACCAGGAACAAGGCGAUAGGAAUAGGCUUUGACUCUGCCAAAGAUGAGAUUUUCAAGAGGAGCAGACCCAAGAGCGGCUUCUCUCCGAAGGCGAAAGAAGUGAUCACAAACAUCACCAAGCUCAAAGACUUUCUGCUGCAGCACAGGAAAGAUUACGUGAGCGCUGGAAGCCUCAUAUCAUCAGAUCUUACACGUAUGACAGACAAUGAGCGAGACCAGAUCGACCAGGAUGCUCAGAUCUUCAUGAGGACGUGUUCUGAGGCCAUCAAGCAGCUACGCAAUGAAGCAGAGAAGCAGGUGACAUCCGCCCAACUGAAGGAGCACAGAGGGGCAGUGCUGGACCUCAUUGAAACAUAUCUGAGAGGAGUAUGUAAGCUGUACUCUGAGCAGAGAGCAAUCAGGGUCAAAAGAAUGGUGGACAAGAAGAGGCUGUCAAGACUGGCACCGGAGCACCAGAGUCGGGUGGUAAAGACGCCGGAGGUGGAGCCCACAGAGGAGAAGACUGUCAAGGAGGAAAGUUCUGAGAAGAGUGUGUCAGAGGUCGUGGACAACCCUGUCAACCUAUGGGAGGAGAGCCGAGUGGAGGACGAGCUCUCCCCUGAGGAGAUCCAGAUGUUCGAGCAGGAGAACCAGAGGCUGGUGAGCGAGAUGAACAGCCUGGUGGAUGAAGUGAGGCAAAUCGAGGGGAAGGUGGUGGAGAUCUCUCGACUGCAGGAGAUCUUUGCUGAGAAAGUCUUGCAACAAGAAACGGAGAUAGACAGUAUUCAUCAGCUGGUUGUUGGUGCUACAGAAAACGUCAAAGAAGGAAAUGAAGAUAUACGAGAGGCAAUCAAAAACAACGCCGGUUUCCGGGUAUGGAUCCUCUUCUUCCUGGUCAUGUGCUCUUUCUCUCUCCUCUUUCUGGACUGGUACGACAGCUAACAGAACUAGUCAGCAUGGACUCUAUACAACAGGAAGCCGUCUGGCUCUGGCACAUAUUGGUUAUCUCAUAAAGACGUGAUGACAACACAGACUGAAUUGACAGUUGACCACGCUGGACCUCAUGCAGGAAGUGCUCUUCAAGAAGACUCCGUGUUCAAGCGGAGGCAGAAGUUUGUUCUUUCCUGUUGCUAAUUGUCUAAUUUUUAUGUUGAAAAGCACUUCUAUGGUGGCCAGCUCUGCGAUGGCACACUGUGUCCACUUUAUGUGUGUGAAUGUUUGGACAGUCAGUCUUUCUCCAUCACUAAAAGCAGUGAUAAUUGGUUGCAACUGUUCUUGUCUGACUGACUGAAGGAAACAUUGAUUUUAAAACUAGAGGAUACUGCACAGGCUGAAGUUGUCUUUGCUGUCUCACACUAUUUACUCACACAUUUACAGCUUCAGUGAACUACUAAUUAUAAAUAACUGUCAAAUGUGGACAGUGUUUUGCUUUCCGGGCAAUUACGAGCAGCAGAACAAUUAAUUUGAUGUCUAUCACAACGUAACUGUACUGACACACCACUCAAUUUCUAGUAAAACUGAAAAUAAAUACUGUAUCCUCUGUCUUUA